AUGUCUUCAGCUGGAAUUAUUUUAUGUGAAUGCACAGAGGUUUAUAACGUUCUAAAUCAGGUUUGUUUGGCUCUCUGCUUGAGUAUGUGCUAGCUAGUACAGGUGCAGAAACGAAGUGUGUAAUGUGUCAGAAUAACAUAACAGAUCUGUAAGCUUUAUUAAUUCUGCCCUUAAGAUAUAGUUUUUUAAGCAAGUGCGAACUAAGGAAAAAACCUGACAUUUUCAAUAAACCCAAAAUCACAACUCCCCAGAGCAGGGCUGCAUGUCAACAAGUUUACUAGUAGCUGGGUAUUAAAAAUGCAAUUAGUAGGCGAGGAACUUGCUUGUUUGUUUUUUGCUUUUUUUAUGAAAAUAGACGGGGGUCAUGCUUAUAGUACCUGGGGAGAUCCCUGGUUAAAGGGACCUAUCAAUAAGCAAUAUUAGUUUUUACAAGAAGCAAUUUGUCUCACUUUCAAGGAGGCCUUUUUGAUGCUUCUCCAGGGCUGUUUUUUUUUUUAAUUCUAUUAACAACUCAUUUAAUUUCUGUUUGCACAGGCUGCCCAGUACCCAAGGCUGAGUGAUCCUAAUUAUCUCCUCCUUUUAGGUAAGAAGCCUGUGUAGUGGACUGGGAAGAGGAAAUAGAUGCAUCACAGAGAAAUCAAGGAAGGGUGGCAGAGUGGUUAGAGCACUGGACUUGUAAACUGGACACCCUGAGUUCAAGGUCCACCCUAACCACUUGCUGGAUUUGUUCUUGGUAAUCCCAAGUUCAAAUCCUUGGCCACACUUGUAAAGUAGCCAACUGGUUCACCUCCUACCAGUUUGGAUUUUUAACCUUGUUAUGUUACAUUUGAAUUAUUGUUUCCUUAUCCCUAAAAAGUCCCAUAAGGGGAGAGAAUAAUAAUUUAUGUAUUUUUUUCAUUAUUACUUAUUUUUUACCAUAAGUAAUGUAAAAGGGAUAAGUCCUUAACCCCAGAGAAAAGGGUCAUCAUAAUUAAUGACUUAAAUAUACUUAAUGGUGUAGCAAAGGCAUAGAAACGGCACAAUUCCUGCAGCUAUUGAAAAUAUAUGUAUAUUUAAAAUCUGGUAGGAUGAAAUGGCAAAUAAGCAAAAAUUACUGAGUUAUUAAUUUUGUCCUGUAAGAGACAGCUUUUACCAGGAAUAUUCUACAUCUUCCAUGCAUUAUGUGAUGUGAUAGUUUGUAUACUCUUCAUCUUGAGCAAACUCAUUUUAUUCAGAUCUUUUUUUAACAGCGGAAGUGAGUAUAAAGAAUUUCUGUAACAAUUUUCUUGCAUGUAUUUUUUCAGAUACAAGAGAAAACCACGACUACAGUGAAAGCCAUGUAAUAACCGCAAAAUUUGCUCCAAGGGUAAGAUUAAUUUUAUUGAGCUGUUUCCAGUGAUUCAGUGUUUUAACAUUUGCUAUGUUUUGUGUAUUUUCAGAAUGACAUUGGUGCUUUUACAGUUCCAAAUGAUGCUGAGCUGGAAACAAAGGAACAUGUUGUUAUUUAUGACAGUAGCACAAGUUCACUGAAGGACAAAAGUAAGCCAUGCUUUGACAUUAUUCACUAAAUUUAUAUUAGAAACAAUAAUAAUAAUAUUUAACACCAUCAAGAAAUUCAAAGUCGCACAAAUCACAAACAGUUUAUAAAUAUCCUGAGAAUUAUAUUUCAUUAUUAUAUUUCAGAUAGCCCUGCUCUUUCAUGUGCCAAGCUGAUGUGGGAUAUGGGAAGCAAAAAUUCUGUAAAAGUUAUCAAAGGCAAGAAAUUUAUUUAUAAUCUCUUACAGGAGCCAUAAUAUAAAGACUGCUUGUAAAUGGGGUGAAGGACAGUAUGAGGGCCUUAAUUUCUACAACAUCAGCUAUUUAAAAUAAAUAAGUUUUACCUUUUUAAUAAUGUUUUAGGUGGAUAUGAGGAAUUUUCAGCACUGUACCCAUUUCUUCGCACACAAAAGAUCAUCUACAUGCCAAGGGUAAGCUUGCAAAUAUGAACAUUUUUUAAGUUGUAAGUCAUCAAGAGACUUCCAAAUCUUUUAACUGGCCACUUAAGAUGAUUUGUCUACCAGACAACUUUCUUACACUUUAGCUAACUCAGAAAAGCAAAAAAAAAAAAAAGAAUAAGAAACUCUCACAGCAAAGUGUAUUUUUGAGUGAUGUCUAGCACCUCAUUUUUUUUCUCAGAAUAUAUAUCAAAAGUUUUUUGGGUAUUCAAGGGAGGCUGUUUCACUUUGAGCUUUUCUCCCUAUAAGGUCCCUUUGCUGGCUCACAAUAGAAAGUUUCUGGAUUAUUCAUGUUAACCUACAACUUUGUUUCACAGAAAUUUCAGUUGCCUGAAAUUUUUAGUUGCCCCGGGCAAGCAAGCAGCUGUUAAUGUUGAGUCCUGAAUAAACCUAGCCCUAGUACCUCAACAUAUUAAAACCUUCUUAUAGCAAGCAUAGUUUGUCAUUCCCUUGGCCCUUCAUUACAUUCAGAUUCCACUGUACAAUUUUUUUGAAUAGGGCCCUUCACGUGCUGAUAUUGCAUUACACUAACAUGCACAUGUUCACCUGUAAUCACAUCAGCUAAUUUCUUGAAAACAGGAGUUGGAUGUGAUCAGUACUUAUCCACUGGAGAUCAUUCCUGGUUUCCUGUUUGUGGCAACAUUUCAACAAUCCCAAGACAGAAGAAUUAUCAAGGACCUUAAAGUCAAGGCAAAUGUUAUCGUUGGAAAAAAGAAUGACUCAGUGUAAGUCACUUUUUUCUGUGCGAAACAUGCAGAGGUUUUGCUCCUUGUUAUUUACUGGAAGCGAAAGCAAGGUGUAUGUCGUGGUUGAUCUAUGGGUGGGGUCUGGGGGUUUUUGCCCCCACUCCCCCCCCCCCUUACAUGAACCUCGAGGUCUGGGUAUAACACUUAUUUCUUGAUUCCCAAAAGAAAAGUUUAAAAACAAGUAUGUCUUUAUAUAUUUUGUGGUUGCAACUCCUUUAUAAUGUCUUUGUGGUCCAGGUGAUGCCCUUUUAAUAUGUAAACUUUACUUGUCUAACAGGACUUAGGAAGGUAGGAAAACUGUUUGCCCAUAGCUGGAAUGAGGGAAGGAGAGGCAAAGUACCCUAGGUCAGGGCCAAGGCUCCUGUUCUUAACCCUAAAAGGGAGGAUUUAUGGCCACAGGGAGGGGAGGGGGUACUCCCUUUUAUAAGUCAUAUAGGUAUCAGGGCUGUGCUCUAGCAGAGCCCGGUGGCCCCUGGCGCCUAACUUUUGCCCUCGGGCGACCAGAAAAUCUCAGAUUUUUCAUACAAAUCAUAUGCUGGGCACCCUAGAUUUUACAGUUUCAGGGCACUGGGCUCCCUUCAAUUUUCCUUAGAGCACAGCCCUGGGUAUGUGCUGCUCCAAAGGAUAUGGUUUUUGAGCUGUUUUUGGUCUGAAAAUGGGCAUAGACUUUGCCCAUUUUGUUCUUGAAUCGGGUAUGGCUUUCAAGGUACCGUAAAUCCUCUAUUGAGCCCCCCCAUGGCCGUAUUUAUUUCAAGCCCAUUUGAGAGAGGGGGGUUUAUUUGAGAGGGGGGGUUAUUUAUUUUAGAAAAGACAAUGGUAUCAGUUCUCCAUAAAGAACUAGAAUACAAAGUGAAGAAGCUCAAGAACAAGAAGGUUGGAGGUCAUGCAGCGGAGGAUCAGAAUAUAAUCUGAACAUCCGCUUGGUAAAUAAACCAUCCCGGAUCAGUCCACACGAAGUUUUACAGUCAUGAUUGAUUAAUACAGUCUCUCAUUUAUUAGUGAAGAAUAAUAAUUAUUCUUCACUAAUAAACUAAUUCACUAAUUCUUCACAUUAGGGGAGGGGAGUGAGGCUUAAUAAAGUGGGGGGACUUAUUUUAUUAACUUUCUUCCCCUGAAAAGGGGGGGGGGCUUAAUGAAGGAUUUACAGCAGUCAUUUCAUUUAUAAAUGAAUGAGAAAAAAGAGCAAUUAAUGCAAAUUCGAAACGGAUUUUAAGAAAUCUUUUUGUUGGCAUUCUAUUGUGAGUAAUGAUGACAAUUUCUGCCUGAUGUAAACAUUUAUGUCAUGUUUGUGACCCUUGUUUGUUUUCUGAAUACGGGUGUGGAAAAUGACUUUUUUUGGUCUGGGAAUAUCAUCAAGAUUUGGAGAAUAGGGCGGCAUACCCCUAGCAAGAUUUCCCAGGAGUACCCCCUGGGGAUAAAUGUAUAAUCCACUCGGCCAAGAAGUGGCCCACAGGCUAGCAACUUCAGCUUAUAGUAACUAAACGAGUACUGGGUACUGAGACCAAGUGCAUUGAAGGUAUACCAUAAAAUUCCGAAAAUAAGUCCCUCCAAAUAUAAGCCCCCCGGGGGCUUGUACUUAGAAAAUUGCCCUCAAAUACAAAGUAAAUCAAAGCAAAAAUGGUACAUUUACUUCCAACUUUAAGUCUAGCCCAAUCGAUUUUGAAACACAAAUUUCCCUCUGUAGAUAAGCCCCUCCGAAUAUAAGCCCUUCCAAAAAUAAGCCCCUCAAAAAGGGCCUUUGAAAAAUAUAAGCCCUGGGGCUUAUUUUCGGAAUUUUACGGUAUGUAUACUUUGUUAAGUUAAUUCCAUUUACCAGUUUAACCUGGUAACCGAGGGUGAAUCACUGGUCUUACCUAAGAACGGCCUUUAACUACAACAUACAUGUAUGAAAUAUAGCGACAUAUGUAGGGAAUAGCCUCAAAGAAAAUACAGGAAUAGAUGUAGAAGAGUAAGAAGGAUCUCACACAUUCUUUUUCUUCGGUCUUUGUCGCUUUCAAGGCAGCAAAUUUUCCCAUUUGUGCUCUUAGUUGUAGAAUAUUUUAUGCAGUGGCUUUUUGAAGGUACGUACCCUGUGAACAAGCUCUCCAUUUGGAGGGGGAGUCGCGAGAAGUCACAUGAGAACAGCACGCGAAAGGAGGUGGGAGUGCGAGGGGUGGGAAAAGAAAGGGAGCAUUAAAUGGAGAGGCUUGCUCGCAGGCCAACGGGUAUGGAAUUCAGUAGUUAAAUUUUCCUUGUGUGCAUAUAGGUUUGCUCCAGAAAGCACAACACUUGGUCGAGAGGACAAAAGAGUCAAGCAGAUUCUAAGAGUACCAAUUGAUGAUAAUGGUGAAGAGGAUCUCUUUUCACACCUGUCAGACAUUGUUAAUUUUAUAGGUAAGAAACGAUAUUUUCACUAGUGUGAUAGUGGCAUUUGUUGUUAGGCUAGAACCCUAAAAAAACGUUUUCUUUUCAUUUCAUAGUCUUGCUACCCUGGGUACCAGAGGGGUUUUUUUCUUCCCUAAUUUGUUUUAGUUUUUUAGUUUUACAAGUUUUUCUGGAAACAGGCCUGCCCAGAGGGAAUAGGCACAAACGGGACUCAAAGGUCCCAUGCAAGGUGCCAUCCCUACCCAAUCCCACAACCCGUUAAGGUUGGCCACACCACCGAGGUCUACGUCCCCUACUCUUUUCGAACAGUAGUGUGGGUUCUUUUACGUCCCACAAGAACAGAUCAGUGAAAGUGCUGUGAGACGGGACCUACGGUUUUUCGUCCUUAUCCGAGAAGACUAGAAAGUCUAACCAUUUGCUGAUGUCAUUACAAAGGCAGCACUUUCUUCUCAGUUAUUUAAAGACCCUAAGUGUUGGUCCGGCCAGGGUUUGAACCCGCGACCUCCCGCUCAGCAGACCGGCGCUCUCCCAACUGAGCUAACCAGGCGGCGGUUAUUCCUGUGCAUAUGGGUUAUUCCAUCUUAAGUAUUUCGAGAACAGAUCCCUGGAGCCAGGGUAUAGUCUUGCCAACCUAGGAAACUAAAACAACCAACAUCUCAUGACNAAGGUUGGCCACACCACCGAGGUCUACGUCCCCUACUCUUUUCGAACAGUAGUGUGGGUUCUUUUACGUCCCACAAGAACAGAUCAGUGAAAGUGCUGUGAGACGGGACCUACGGUUUUUCGUCCUUAUCCUAGAAGACUAGAAAGUCUAACCAUUUGCUGAUGUCAUUACAAAGGCAGCACUUUCUUCUCAGUUAUUUAAAGACCCUAAGUGUUGGUCCGGCCAGGGUUUGAACCCGCGACCUCCCGCUCAGCAGACCGGCGCUCUCCCAACUGAGCUAACCAGGCGGCGGUUAUUCCUGUGCAUAUGGGUUAUUCCAUCUUAAGUAUUUCGAGAACAGAUCCCUGGAGCCAGGGUAUAGUCUUGCCAACCUAGGAAACUAAAACAACCAACAUCUCAUGACGUCACCACUGUUUUUCCCGCGAAAUGAAGUGUCGCUACCAAAUCUAACAUACCUUGUGCUUCUGAUUGAUUUGCUGCAACCAAUCAGAAGCGCUACCCAGAUCCAGGUAGUGACACGUCAUCAGUGUGGAAUUUCUGCGCUCGUUCCUCAGCCGUAAUUUCGCGGGGAAACCAGGAGUGGCGUCGCAAAAUGUAGGCUAUUUUCUCAGGCUAUAGUCUUGUCUUGUGUGUGCAAAAGCAUGCAAAGUCUGCUUUUUUUUCUGUAGAUGAUCACCAAACAAAAGAUGGCCGAACACUUCUUCUGAGUUCUUCACUGGGAAUAAGUCGCAGUGUGAUUGUUGCCAUAGCUUAUUACAUGUGGAAUAAAAAAGUUUCGUUGAAGGUAAUUUCCGUUAUUUUCAACCUAGCGUACGUUUCUUGACAACAUGGAACACGCACAAAAACCAUUAAAAAUUGAGAUCAUUAUUAAUUUUUGGAUCAUUAUACUUUUCUGGGAGCUGUCCACCUACCCCUCCCCUAAGCCAACAUUAACGCUUACUUCUCACCUAGGUCAAAAUGUUGGCUUAGGGGAGGGGUAGAUGGGCAGUUUCCCAGAAAAGUAUCAUGAUCCAAUAAUUGCAAUGCGCAGGGCAAAAGAACUUUUUUCAAGGUCAGGGAAAAAGUCAAGGCAUAUUAAAGAAAGUUAUAGGAAAUUCUUCCUUCUUAGCAAACUUAUUCAAUGUGUUUUGUAUUUUAUUUUGUAGGAUGCCUACAACCACUUGAAAAAAUGCCGAGAAAACAUGCAGCCAACAAGAGGAUUUAUCGAACAGUUGUCGUGCUGGGAAGAAAAGAUGUUCGGGUCACUUGUUACCGACAUUAGUGAACCAGAAUACUGAGUUUUGAACGUAACUGUGAACUGUCUAUAUUGUUUAAAAAUGGCAUUUUAUAGGCAAUUUUCUGUAAAUAUUAAUAUAUUUAUUCCAUUCGAACGCCAUCUCUCAAUUAAUUUUACUGUCAAAGAGAAAAUUUUGCCAUCGUCAGUAGUAAAACAAAAGGACACGCG